CCGCUCGCCGGCGACGGCCGCGGGAAAUGGCGGCGCUGCCAGACCUCCCCUUUCCCCGCCUUGGCCUCCCUGGACCUCCUCCUUCGCCGACCCUGCGCCCCAUGCGCUAAUGCCUAAGUCAAAGGAACUUGUUUCUUCAAGCUCUUCCGGCAGUGAUUCUGACAGUGAGGUUGACAAAAAGUUAAAGCGGAAAAAGCAGGUUACUCCAGAAAAACCUGUAAAGAAGCAAAAGACCGGUGAGACUUCAAGAGCCCUGUCAUCCUCUAAGCAGAGUAGCAGCAGCAGAGAUGAUAACAUGUUUCAGAUUGGGAAAAUGAGGUAUGUCAGUGUUCGAGACUUUAAAGGGAAAGUCCUAAUUGAUAUUAGAGAAUAUUGGAUGGAUCCGGAAGGUGAAAUGAAACCAGGAAGAAAAGGUAUUUCUUUAAAUCCUGAGCAAUGGAGCCAGCUGAAGGAACAGAUUUCUGACAUUGAUGAUGCAGUAAGAAAACUGUAAAAUCAGAGCCAUAUAAAACCUGUACUGUUCUAGUUGUUUUAAUCUGUCUUUUUACAUUGGCUUUUGUUUUCUAAACGUUGUUUUCCAAGCUAUUGUAUAUUUGGAUUGCAGAACAAUUUGUAAGAUGAAUACAUUUUUUUUUAAUGUGCAUUAUUAAAAAUGUUCUGAGUGAAGCUAAUUGUCAACUUUAUUAAGGAGGAUUGCUUUGUGCCCGCCACCUAGUGUAAAAUAAAAUCAAGUAAUACAAUCUUAA